AUGGAACAGGACACGACCGAACAGACCAUAUCAAUGGGACGAAACAAGACCAAACAGACAAUAGCAAUGGGACGUGACAAGACCAAACAGGCCAUAUUAAUGGGACGUGACAAGACUAAACAAGCCAGACCAAUGGAACGUGAAAAGACUAAACCUACCAGACCAAUGGGACAGGACAAGACCAAACAAGCCAGAUCAAUGGGACGUAACAAGACUAAACCUACCAGACCAAUGGGACAGGACAAGACAAAACAAGCCAGACCAAUGGGACUUGACAAGACUAAACCUACCAGACCAAAGGGACAGGACAAGACCAAACAGACCAAAACAAAGAGGCCAAACUAA